AUGGACAAGAUCCUGGAAGCUGUGAUGCUGUCCUCCUACCCCACCAAUGUGAAGCAAGGACUGGCACGGCGGGUGAUCGAGGCAGCGAAGCAGCCCAUGGACAGUGCGCAGUGCUGGGCCAUGCUGGAGCUGUCCACCAAGCUCUUCCUGGUGGGCGACACCAAGUUCAAGCGGGAGAUUGGGCAGGAGGUCCUUGAAGUGUAUGGCCGCUACCACCUAGAGGCCUUCCUGGAGUUUUUUAAUGCUCAUUUCCUCCUGACUCUGCUGCAGGAGGGCUAUGGGACCCCAGGCCACCCCAGCCCUUACGUGCUGGAUUAUGUCCAGCUGGGCCUGCAGUUCGUCCCUGAUGGCCCAGCAGCGGAAGGUGUCUUUGCCUUGCUCCGCCUGGAAGUCCUGAGGAAGGUGUGUGAACGACCCGGCCCCAGGCAGUGUGCCAAGGUGGCUCGCCUCCUGAGCCAGUACCCACGCUGCAUUCCAGAUGGCAGACACCGGCUGCUCUUCUGCCAGCAGCUGGUCCGCUGCAUCGGGCAAUUCCAGUGCCUGGCAGAGGGGGAGGAGGGCAUUGUGGAGUUCUUGAGCCAUGUGAACAGAGUGAGUGGGCUCUUGCCUAAAAUUUGGAGGGCUCAAGCCUCAUCCAUCCUGCCGUCCCUGAAGGAGCUGUUUGCCAUCAUCUCCUCCACAGAGGAGCAGGAGCCACCCUCCAAUGCCCUGGCCAGCGUCGUCCAGUAUGUGCCUCUAGAGCUUAUGGACGGGGUGAUCAGAAACCUCACGAAUGAUGAUAGCAUCACAGAUGCUCAGAUGAUGACAGCUAUCAGCAGGAUGAUCGACUGGGUAUCUUGGCCCCUGGGGAAAAACAUAGACAAAUGGAUCAUCACCUUGCUAAAGGGCCUAGCAGCUGUUAAGAAGUUCAGCAUUUUGAUUGAAGUCUCUCUCUCCAAAAUAGAGAAGGUUUUCUCCAAGCUGCUGUACCCCAUUGUGAGGGAGGCUGCGCUGUCUGUUCUCAAGUAUAUGCUUCUGAGUUUCCAGCACUCCCAUGAAGCCUUCCACCUGCUUCUCCCUCAUAUCCCCAAAAUGGUGGCAUCGUUGGCAGAAGAGGACUCCAACUCCCGAGCAAACUGCCUGGAGGAGUUGGCUGAGCUGAUUCACUGCAUGGUGUUUCGCUUCUCAGGCUUCCCAGACCUAUAUGAGCCAGUCAUGGAGGCCAUCAAGGACCUCCAUGUUCCCAAUGAAGACAGGAUCAAGCAGCUCCUGGGACAGAAUGCCUGGACCUCCCAGAAGAAUGAGCUGGUCUGCUUCUACCCCCGGCUGGCAGCCAAAUCAGACACAGGCAAGAUCGGCCUCAUCAACCUGGGGAACACCUGUUACAUGAACAGCGUGAUCCAGGCUCUGUUCAUGGCUUCUGAUUUCCGACACUGUGUUCUGCAUCUUCCUGAAGACAAUUCCCAGCCCCUGAUGACCAAGCUGCAGUGGCUUUUUGCCUUCCUCGAACACAGCCAGCGGCCUGCAGUCUCUCCCGAGAGCUUCCUGUCUGCCUCCUGGACGCCCUGGUUCAGUCCUGGUGCCCAGCAGGAUUGCUCCGAGUACCUGAAGUAUCUCCUGGAUCGAUUGCAUGAAGAGGAGAAAACAGGGAAGAGAAUUUGCCAGAAGCUCAAACAAUCAAACACACUUUCCCCACCAGAGGAACACCCAAACCCAAGCCCAACAGCAGUAGAGAAAAUGUUUGGUGGGAAGAUUGUGACACGGAUCCGCUGUCUCCGCUGCCUCAAUGUCUCCACCAGAGAGGAAGCAUUCACGGACCUCUCCCUGGCCUUUCCACCCCCUGACCGCCGCCGCCGUCGCCUGGGCUCCGUCAUGCUGCCAGUGGAAGAUGUCAGGUUACAAGGCCCUCCAUCGCCAGCCAAAACCCAGGCCCCAGGAACUGAGGGGGUCCGGAGACAGAGAAAGCACUGCAUUGCUGGGAAUGCUCUGCCCCCAGUUGUGAGCAUUGAGAUCCUUGGAUUCAAGGAACCUGGAGGCCACAGAGAAGAAGAGAAGAAGGUAGAGAAAAAGGAGGAAGAGAAGGAGCUGGAGAAAAAGAAGGAAGAAGAGAAAGAGGAGGAAGUGAAGGAAAAGGCAGAGAAAAAGAAGGAAAAAAAGAUGGAUGAAAAGAAAGAAGAGAAAAAGGAGGAAGAGGAAAAAGAAAAGGAGGAGAAAAAGAAAGAAGAGGAAGGUUGCCUAGGUCCAAGGACUGGGGGGAGCCAGGGGGUUGCCUCUGGGGAGCAGAUGUGUGGCCCUGAGGGUUCUCGGUCGGUCCCAGACCUUCUCAAUUACUUCCUGUCACCAGAGACGCUGACGGCUGAGAACCGCUAUCACUGUGAGCACUGUGCCUCCUUGCAGGAUGCAGAGAAGGUGGUUGAGCUGAGUGAGGGACCCCGCUACCUCAUCCUCACCCUUCUGCGCUUCUCCUUCGACCUACGGACCAUGCGUCGGAAGAAGAUCCUGGACAACGUCUCCAUUCCCCUGUUCCUUCGGCUUCCCAUGGCGGGCGGCUGUCCCCAGCAGGACCGGGGCCAGGCCUGUGCAGCCUAUGACCUCUGCAGCGUCGUGGUGCAUUCCGGCAUCUCUUCGGAAAGUGGCCAUUACUAUUGCUACGCCCGUGAGGGAGCGACAGCCACAGUCAACCCUCCAGGGUCCGUGGGACUCUCAUCUGCUGAAAAGCCCCCAGGACUGGAGAGCCAGUGGUAUUUGUUCAAUGACACCCGGGUCUCCUUCUCCUCCUUCGAGUCGGUCAGUAACGUCACCUCCUUCUUUCCCAAGGACACAGCUUACGUGCUGUUCUACAGGCAGCGAGCCAGAGAAGGGCUCAGAGCAGAACCCAGGUCACCCAGACCCCACAGCGAGCCAGCCCUCCACAAAGACUUGGUUGAAGCCAUAUCUAAAGACAACAUUCUUUACCUGCAGGAGCAGGAAAAGGAAGCCAGGAGCAGAUCAGCCUACAUCUCCACGCUCCCCAAAUCGCCCCCUUGGGGGAGGGACUUUGAUGAAGACAAGGAUGAGGAUGAUGAAGACUCCCCAGGGGGCUGCGACCCUGCAGCUGGAGGCAGUGGCAGCUCCUUCCACAGACUUGUCUUCUAGGGGUCUUGACCCCAAUCCCGCGCACUCUUCCUAGUCCCCAGCCUGC